AUGUGUGGCAUUGCGCUGAUGGCAGAAUGCAUCUUCUUUGUAUCAGACCAACACAGCCUUUACCCUUUACUAGAAGCUACUGACAAUGAUGACAUCUAUGGAGCGGCCUGGAUUGGCAUCUUUGUUGGCAUCUCGCUCUUCUGCUUAUCUGUUCUUGGUAUUGUGGGCAUCAUGAAGUCAAGCCGAAAAAUACUUCUGGCGUACUUUAUUCUGAUGUUUAUAGUAUACGCCUUUGAAGUGGCAUCCAGUAUCACUGCAGCUGUGCAGCGAGAUUUUUUCACUACCAACCUCUUCCUAAGGCAGAUGCUGGAAAGAUACCAAAACAAAAGUCAAUCCAAUAAUGAUGACAUGUGGAAGAAUAUGAAAGUUACUGAAACCUGGGACAACCUCAUGCUCCAGGAAAAGUGUUGUGGUGUCAAUGGUCCAUCAGACUGGCAAAAGUACACGUCGGCCUUCCGGGUUGUGAAUAACGAUGCCGACUAUCCCUGGCCUCAUCAGUGCUGCAUCAUGGACAGUCUCCAGAAGCCACUCAAUCUUGAUGAUUGUAAACUUGGAGUGUCUGGUUAUUAUCACAGCAAGGGUUGUUAUGAACUGAUCUCUGGACCAAUGAACCGCCAAGCCUGGGGUGUUGCAUGGUUUGGAUUUGCCAUUCUCUGUUGGACUUUCUGUGUUCUCCUGGGCACCAUGUUCUAUUGGAGUAGAAUUGAAUACUGA